UAGGUCUCUAAGAAAACUUCAUCCAUAUUAAUAGAAUUACAAAUUACUCGUAGUAGGUGGAUCUCUCACACAAUACAAACUACUAUUACAAUUUGUGGAUGAUUGAUUUUCUCAGAACUACUGAAAUUUAUUGUAGAUGGGAGAGAUUUCAUCAUCUCUAUUUAAGGCUUUUGCGUACACAAUAGAAGUCUUACCAAUCAUCAUCGCCGCACUUGCAAAUUCUGGAAAUUCAAGAAUACAUCAUGUGAAUCGAAAUGUCACUUUUCAUUUUUUAACUCUCGAUGAUUUCCCCAGAAACCAAACAGAGUUAGAUUAGGAAGUCAGAGUGAUGAGAAAAGAAAACAGAAAUAAUAAUUAAAUAACACAUCGAUGCAGAGAGAGACAUUGAAGAGGGGAUUCUCUUCUUCUAAUCAACUUGGGUGAUUUUGGGAUCGAAACAGAGUGCCUGAGAAGCGCAAACCCCAGAUAGGUAACCUUCAUAAAUCACAUCCCUUCCUCUUCGUACUUCACAUGAAUAGACUUACAGAAAUGAUGUUCAUUCCAGUUGUCCCCGUGAUAAGGUAAUAUCUCUUGUGAUUGAAAGUACGAAAAUGGCCUCAUCCUAUUUUAAAUCCCAAAAAUACUCGCUGUGUUCGAGUUCUUCUGCAGUUUGCGGUCCGCCGGCUCCAGCUCUUCUCGAUAUCUACGAACCCUUUCUAUUUUGAUGUAGAAAUCUUCUGCGUCGACUUGUUCCGAAUUUUAGGAAUGAAAAAUCUGGGUUUUGUUGUUGCAACUCAAAGCUCUGGCACAAUCUCUGUAUACCCAAAUCACAAAAGGCCGUGCGGGGGUCACAGAUUCUUCCUGAAGUUGAAAUCAGUCUCAAAGAUCAAUAGUAGCAUUGAGUCGUCCUCGAUCACUUGUAAAGAGAGGAAAGUGUGUGAGUGCUUUGAUUUGCAUAAGCAGGUCGUCCCGUACGGCAAGGCAUGGGCGUGGCAGAAAGCCAUUGUCGAGGAGAAGAGGGAGCUGAUACAAAGGAAUGAAGAAUGCCCUGAUACGCUGAUCAUACUACAACACAGUCCAGUGUACACAAUGGGGACUGGAAGUUCUGUAGAGUAUUUGAAUUUCGACUUAAAGGAUGCUCCUUACGAUGUUUAUAGAACCGAACGCGGUGGGGAGGUGACCUAUCAUGGGCCUGGUCAGCUAGUCAUGUACCCGAUUAUCAAUCUGCGGAAUCACAAGAUGGAUCUUCACUGGUACCUCAGUACACUUGAGGAGGUGGUCAUUCGUGUUCUGUCCAAGGCAUUUUCUAUCAAGGCUUCACGAGCUGAGGGUUUAACUGGGGUUUGGGUUGGAGACCAGAAAAUCGCAGCAAUGGGGAUACGAGUAUCUCAGUGGAUAACGUAUCAUGGCUUAGCGCUGAAUGUGUGUAUGGAUCUAGCACCAUUUCAUCAGAUAAUUCCAUGUGGAAUACGUGACCGUCGGGUUGGAAGCAUUAAGGGGUUAUUGGAAGAAUGUCAAACAGGUAUAGAACUUUCUGAUAGCCAGCUAAUUGAUAUUAGUCAGAAAUCCCUGGUCAAUGAGUUCUCUGAAGUUUUUCAGCUUAAUAUGGAGUAUAAAAAACCUUUUCCAUUCUAAACUCUUUGAGAAAAGAUCCAAAAGGCUUACCUCGUUUAAGAUUGUAAUCGAGGAAGAUAAUAUCUUAGCUCAACAAUUUUCUUAUGUGCACAUACAUUCUAUAAAAUCAAUUGAAUCGAGAAAUGAGCAAUGUUGAAUCAGUUAUAAUAGAGUUCUCAUUGCAAGAUUUGGGCUUGCAGCUGUU